AAAGCAGGCAGGCUCCGGCUUCCAUCGAUACACACAGACAACAGUCUUCACACCGAUUCAUCAUCAUUCACUGCGACGCAUCGCAUGCGAUUUAUCGCGUCGACUCCCCUUUUACUUGGCCAUACCCUCGAUUCCGAGUCACCGCUAUUCCGAUACCCGCAGACACCCCUAUUCCGGUCCGGCGCGACUUCCAACUCCUGUGACAUCAUUUAGUCACGUCAACCUCCGGAAUCCAACGGCUCCAUCACAACAACCUGAUUACGGCGCGAUACCGGCGAUAAGCUCCCUGCAUCGCCAAUAUAACAGUUGAAGCGCUCGCGAUCUACACGACUAUUGCGCGCCAAUCCGGAACAUAUCCUAACCAGCCUACAUUCCACCUUGGUCUCCCAGGCCGAACCUCAAUCAUCCAAGAUGAAGUAUCUCCCACUGCAAGAUUUCGACGCCGUCACUGGCGCUCUUAACUUCAACACACCAGAUUGCAACGUGACUGGCGGAUGCGACCUCUACACGACCAAAUCCACAGGUUCCGAUAAGAAGCUUUACAAGAACAUCGACAAAGACCUUAGUUCACAACAUGCCGCGCUCCUCAAAUUGGGCGCAAGCCUGUCACCGCCAGACCGCGAAGCCAUGCUGGCAACAUCUCCCAACAUGCAAAUGUUCUCACACUCGAGCGCGUUCGGCCCCUUAUCAGAGCUCGCGAGUCGCCGGACAUUUGCUUAUCUGAUUGCGACACUGAACGCGAGUCAUCAACACUACGAUUUCUCGCACGUUUUGAGGCCAGGCGACUUCAAGAAAGAAAGAAACCUGCGAAGAGUGAUGGGAAACCUCGAUUCAAUCCUGCAGAAUGUCAGACCGCAUGUUGAGGCACGACCAGUCGAGCAGGCCACGUCUUCGGAGACCAAGCCAGUGUGGGGCCCACAAUGCUGGUCCAAAAUUGAUAAGGAGAUGCGCCUUAACGAAUGCACCGUCUUCAGCUACAAUCCGGAGGUCGACCCUUUCGAGGAAGAUGAGUCUGCAAUUUGGGCUGCUCACUACUUCUUUUUCAACCGCGCGUUGAAACGAGUCGCCUACCUCUACGUUCGUGUUGUCCCGGUCGUAUCGUCACAAUCACCGCGUCUGCAACCGGCGCUUCCGGGUUCCGUCAAGCGGACGCGGAGUACCCAGUUCGAUGCACUGGCCGGCAACAAGCGCGCCAAAUACUGGCUAGGAGACCGCGACGCUGAAGUUGUGGCACCGUCCGAAGAUGACGAAGAACAAAGCGACGGCUUCCUCUGGAAUCGGGGUGCCGAUGGCGAUUUGGUCCCGUUUUCUGAUGACGACUACACCGAGGAGCGUUUCUACUACGACGAAGAGGACGACGACGAGAGCCUGUCUGACCGGAAGAGCCCGGUACGGCGGAUGAGUGAGGAUGUCGUGGCCCACAUGGAGAUCUAAAGAGGGCCACUCCACACUGGCGCAUGACCUCUUCUCGCUACCCCGUUUCAUCGCUGUGAGAGCUGAUGGGUCUCUCGUUUCUCUGA